AUGAACAAGUGGCUCACUGCCGUCAAAUGGAGCCCGAGGGACGGACGCUCAGAUAAUUAUCAUCGAGCUAAGACGCAUGAAGUGUUGCACGAAAUUCUGCUUAGUGAGAGUAUCGAUGCUGCUGUCCCUGAAGGAGACGAAGAGGAAAGAGGAUUCCAAAAAUGGCUCAUCGAGGGAGAUGGUUCGCUGCGUAGUGGUGAAGGCGACGGCUACUGUGUGUUCUCCAUAAAACCGAGCUUGUGGACAUUAACUGACGGGAUGCUCAAAGUGGGAGUCGAAUCGAUAUCGCCAAUCCUCUUUCCCAAAAAGGAUUGGCGAUAUGACCUUUGCCAUCUCUACGAGAUUAUAAGUAGCAAAUUUGAGAUAAAGGUCGGCGCGUGCUGUGGCACACACGUGCACAUAUCUCCGGAUACGACUCCUGGUCGCAGGUGGACCCUAGACGAGCUCAAGUCCAUUGUGAAAACUAUUGCUUAUUUCAAUGUCGGCGUGGUGGACAUGCUGCCACCAGAGAGGAAACAGAACCGGUACGCGGUGCCGAACUUUUGUCACAGAGAUUCCCCGCACAACGUUCGGGGGCUGCACGCAACGGCGUGCAGCACAGGGGACUACGGUCCUCUGUUCUCUCAUAUUGACCAGGUGGUGAGUCCGGGGGCCUUUGCCCAUUAUUUUCCGAACCGCUGGUGGGAAUUCAACUUCAGCAACAUCACCGACGACAGUAGUUCCUGCGGAACGAUCGAGUUCCGAAGCGCGCCUGGAUCGGAGAAAGUAGACACGGCUAUUCAUUGGGCCCUUUGGCUCAUGUCGUUCGCUGCAUCAGCGCCCUUCGACAAUUUCUCAUGCAAGGGCAAGCCCGGCUUCCUUCCCAUUCUCGUGAAGGAGGCCUGA